AAUAACAUCACUUCCGGUCUCUUUCUCCUUCCUUUCCGCGUCGGCCUUUUGUGAUAAGCGUUUGAGCUGAUUAACAGUCAAGUAAACUCAAGAUGCAGAACGACGCUGGUGAAUUCGUGGACCUGUACGUCCCCCGUAAAUGCUCUGCUAGCAACAGAAUCAUUGGUGCCAAAGACCAUGCCUCUAUCCAGCUCAACAUUGCUGAGGUGGACAGGGCAACAGGCAGGUUCAAUGGACAGUUCAAGACCUAUGCCAUCUGUGGAGCUAUCCGUAGAAUGGGUGAAGCUGAUGAUUCUCUCCUGAGGCUCGCAAAGAAGGACAGCAUUGUAGCAAAGAACAUUUGAGUUUAAGGAUGGGCUCCUGAAGUUUCUUUGUAAAAAUAAAAAAGUUAAUUUGAA